AUCAUCAGUGAUAGGCGUGUCGUGUCGGAUUACAGAGGGCGCUGGAUUAGACGGGCUCCAGAUUACCGUGGGCCUAGUAUUACCGUUUGUUGCUUCUGUUUCAGAUAUUAUGUUUACACGCUAUUAAUAUUAAUUGAUUAUAUCGUAAGAUUUAAUUAUAAUAAUAUGUAUUUAAUAUAUUUAUUUUAUAUCAUGGCAAAUAAAAUGACCUGAUUAAGUAUUAUUUACUCAAUCACGCGGAAAAGGAGACUUUAAUCGUUAUUUAUUAAUCUAAGUUAUUUAUGAAUUGAAUACCUUUAUUACUUGCUGUCUUUGUUACAUAGUGGUUGGUUUAUAUGGUUAAAAAUUGAGUUUCUAUGCUCAUUUUCCCUAUCUGUCAUCUUUUUAAUUUAUUAUUUAAAUAAAAGUUUGCCAUUUUCAUAUGCAAUGUUAGUUAUCUCUAUCUAUUUAUCUAUUAUUAUGAUUGCGGAAGCUUUUGUAUUUGGAGGAGUGGAUAAUGCUUCUUCUACGGGCUCUCCGAUGGUGCUCCUAGAUUUUUUGUUUGAUAAAGAUUCAUUCUAUAAUUGCGCGUCAUUUAGAAAAGAUUGUAAACUCGCUCAUGUCUUUGUAAUGAAGAAUCCAGAUGAAAUGUGCACUUAUGGCAUCCCAGCUUGACGUAGCAACAAAAUCUAGUCAAGCAUUGGAUUCCAUAGCAAGCUGGUUCUUGUUCUUUAGUGACAUUUACGUUCGAUAACUAUCUGACAGUUACAGUUAAUCAUUUGCAUACGCAAAGGUAAUAUAACCGCUUCUCAUCACACUGAAUCGAUCGUCCAUUCAAAAUAUUUGAUAGAUCAAGCCUGAUUGUUAUUUUUAUAUAUUUCAGACAUCGUUGUAUGUAUCGGUUAAUAAAAUAGUUAGAUUUUUCUGGAGUAGCAACCAAGUAACACCUACGUUAAUUACAGAUUGAAAACAUAUUAUUGACAGUUCUAUCUGACGUAGAGAAUAAGGUUUCUAGAUGUCCGGGAAAUCCGGGAAAGCCCCGGAAGUUGGCGUCCGGUCUCGUGUCCAGUAAUUACACUUAUUAGUCAAAUGCUACAGAACAGUGUCGCUCAACGCUGCGCUAGUGUUGUCGGGGCUUCUUCCGCUGGAUCUUCGGGUCCAUGAAGCAUCACGGCUUUAUGAAGCCAAACGUGGAAAGCCCUUGGAAAUACUGUGCGACAGAAAGGUCCACCCCGGGAGCAGCAGCGUGAUAGGCUUUGAGUGUGUGGAAAACGCGGAGGAGGAUGGCAAAACGGCAAAAGGUCUUGUGAAGAUCUAUACAGAUGGUAGCAAACUGGAGGGAAAAGUAGGAGCUGCCCUGACCUGUUGGAAAGGGCAGGUGGAAGUACUGUCCCGAAAGUUUAAGCUGGAGCCAUACUGUACAGUCUUCCAAGCCGAGCUGUAUGCUAUCCUCCGAGCCACGGAAUGCGUGCUAGGGAAAGAAUGGAAGGAAGUCGCCGUACUCAGAGACUCGAGAUCUGCUCUCCAGUCGCUGGCUGAUCCAGACUCCUCACACCCGAUCACAAAGGCAAUACAGGGGAACCUGGUCCAACUUAGGGAAAACGGAAAAACCGUAUCCCUAUAUUGGAUCAGGGCCCACGUCGGCGUGGUCGGGAACGAGAGAUGACGACGGAUGAGCUAGCGAAGGGAGCGACUCUUGGGUUGAAAUGUAAAUCGCACUAUGACGGCUGCCCCAUCUCUUUUGUCAAGCGACAUUUACGCGCUGAGACAAAAGUAGAAUGGGGCAGACGUUAUAGAAACGAAAAUACGGCGGCCACAACAAAGGCAUUUUUCCCUUGCGUGGAAAAUGCAUUUGGAAUAGUAAGGAAGAUUGAGAUUGACAGGAUUGCUGCUCAGAUAUUUACGGGACACGGAGGUUUUUCCGCCUACCUCCAUAGAUUUAAGAAGAAGGACAACCCUAGAUGCGUCUGCGACCCAGGUGCGAGGAGGACAUCUUCCAUGUUCUCACAGAGUGCCCCCAGUACGAAACACAAAGACACACACUACAAACACGCAUUGAUACACAAAUCAGUAAGGACACAUUAAGGGAAAUCUUUGAAAAUGUGAAAGAAAGGAGACUAUUCUUAGAGUUUAGAAAGAAAUAAGGACUAGUAAAUAAAGCUAAUACAGCACCUCAAUUGUAAAAGAAGUAUUUAUAAUGAAAAUGUAAAAAUAAGAUAUAUAACAAGAAGCAAAUGUGUAAAAAUUCAUAGAAAAUAAAUAAACAAGAAAAAUGAUUGUAAAAUAGAUAUAAGAAAUUAAAAACUCAGAGAAACGAAAAUGUAAAUAUUCAUAAUAAGAAAAAAUAUGUAAUAGAAUUAUAAAGAUAAGAGAUAAAAAAAAACAAAAAAAAGAAGCACAAAAAAAGAAGCACAAAAAAAGAAAACAAAAGAAUGGAAAACAAAACAGAAUAUAGACACGAUAAAUAACAUAAAGACCUGUAACAAAACGGGGAUUAAUUAGAAAAAAAAAUACACUUAUUAUCCUGGAAUCCGCGAAUACCAUUUUUUAAUCACAAUAUUAUUUACCCUAGGUUCAGGAGGCCAUGGCCCAGGGCGGAAGUCUGCGAGGGCGACAGAAGCCAGAUAAUUGAAUUCGUUAUAGGACUAUAUCCAGGAAUUGAUAAGCUUGAAUCUGGCAACCAUUUUAGAGAAUCUAAGCUGGCCAUUUAUGUAUUGAAAGUACUAAAUAAAAUGUACUUCAUUACUUUGAUUACUGUAUCUACACGCAUUUCUUCAGGAGACUUCAGCUGUUAAAUACAAACCGUUGAAGAGAUCAUUACCCGAUUUGCUUCUCAGUUUUACUAUGAAUAACAUACCUACUUAUGAAUGGAUUUUCUUUGCUAACAGUCUUUGCAGUCUUUGUAUUGCAUACUGUAAAUCUAACUUCACAAUUGUAUUCUGAAAUUACCGGAGAAAAUUACACAAUUACACCUACGGCACCUACCUAGCCAAAAGGUAAUAAUCUCGGAACCAAAUAAAUUCAAAUUGUCACGCUCGCGACCAACGAAGUUCUAAUAAUGCUUAAAUUACGUGUUUUUUUUUCUCUUCUACAACAUGUAUCGUGCUUAUGAUACCCAUCUUUGUAUUUUCUCACAGUUGUAAGAUGCUAAUGCACGCUAAAAAGUUCCUGAGUUAUAAAAGUCCUUGUGUUUUGAUAAUUAAAUCAAAUGUUAUGGCGGAAAUACGUAUUUUGAACACGUACGUAUUGAAUGUUGAACUCUUGACUGAUAGUCUUCUUGAGUAACUCCAUACGCAAAAAGAAACAAACAUAAUCGUUAUAAAUAACCCAUUGCCUAGAGCAGAUGUUUUCUUGCGAACAAUGAAAAAAUUCUCGCAUACACUUACCGAUAUAUAGCGCGACAGAGCAAUAGCAUUGCACAGCGGACGCAUCCACAGACGAAAUCAAGCAUAAACCACUGGAAUUCCUUGACCUUCCAGAAACUAUGCAAGUUCAACCACACAUGUACACUUCCGCGAUACAAUCGGCGAGAAACAACUCGUUAAUUAAACCGGUGCACUUUUCCAAUCGUUUGUAAACAACUGCACGUAUGUAUCGGUUUCCAAAACUCUUUAGUGUCGAAUCGAAUCGCAUACGUUAUCGAUGAGUGUGCCUGCUAUGGAGUUUUUGAUUUCUUUUUUUUUUUCUUCGUGUUAUGAUCGAGAACCGCGAUGUGCGUGCUGCCGGCUCGGCGCGGCCGCUGCCAAUAAGUUGCUACUUUAAGUACAGGCUACUCAAAGACGAGAAAUUCUUGUAUGCACAGUGUUUUCUAUGUAGUAGGUUUGAAAAUCGAACAACUACAUGUGUUCGCCACGAUUUUGUUCUUCGCUAAAGUUAUUCGUAAACCGGUGGAGAAUAUCAUUCGCCUAUUACGCUAUGUAGAAGCGAGUUUGUAGAAGUUUUAUUAAGCCGCGGUGUGCAAGUUUGUAAAAAAAACACAUAAGCACGUGAUUGAUUGAUUGAUUGGCGGUAGAUGAUACUAUAACAAUAGGACAAUAGUCGGUUAAUCGUCUAGCCGUGUUUUUCUUCGCCGGGACACAUUGUUAGGACGCCUCGUUCUCCGGAUAUACGCAGAUACCCUCAGCAUGACUGAUCAGGAAGAUUGUAUAAGCCGAUUCUUCUCCGAAGAUAAACCUAACGCCUCCGCACAAAAUCUUCUCAAGAUUCCAUCAGAUUCCAACCUUGAAUCUUCUCAAAACUUGAGUCAGUGUUCUAUGGAGUCUGAUACAGAGGGGCUUAGCCUGUCUCAGCUGACUAUAGAGGAACAGGAGCCAAUCCGAAUAAAGCCUUUUUUCAACGUUACUCCAAGAGAAAUGCCGGUAUCACCUCACUAUGUGUUCGAAGAAGAAUUCGCUGCGAACCCGUGGGCAAUGAUGGUAGCGACAAUUUUUUUAACGAAAACCUUUGGUAAAGUCGCCAGACCCUACAUGAAAACCUUUUUCGAGGAUUAUCCGACGCCCUAUCACGUUCUUUCAGACACACCGUCCUCUUUAGAACAGUUUUUUGAUAAACUAGGCCUAAGAAAACGAGCUCACAUCAUUUGGAAACUUAGUUACCAAUUUGUCUCUUCCAAAUGGCGGCGGGCUAGCGACCUUUGUGGUAUAGGAAAAUAUGGAGAGGACGCCUACAGGAUAUUCUGUUUGGGUCACACUGAUUUGGUUCCUGGAGACAGAUACUUAAAGUUGUAUUUAGAUUGGCUGCAAGCGCAUACUGACUUUUUGGAAGAGCAGGGUGUAGUGGAUAGCGAAUACUUAAUUGAAGAUCCUGUUUUGAAAUACUACAGACUUACAUUGAGGGAAUCAUAGUACCUAUAUGUAGUAGUCACGUCGGAUAACUAAUGACAAAAAAUUUAAAAUUAUGUGAGUUGUUAAUUUUAUCAGUAGUAAUGUUUUAAGAAACUGAAUAAAAUAUAAAAUAAUAUUGCUA